AUGGAGAGAGAUAGGGAGAGCCUGCCGAUUUAUAUAGUGGCUGAUGCCGUGGUGGUGAUAAUGACAGAGAAGCUGAGGAAGCUCAAGUCGGCCGAGGAGGAGGUGUGCCCCGUGCUGAAGAGUCAGGUCGACAAAGUGAUCCCAAAGCUCAAACGGGUCUAUAAGUUCUUGAAGGACGAAGGCAAGAUGGAAAGCCAUAUUGAGUGGACGAAACGCCUCCUGCCAGUCCUCUACGAGGUCGAGGACAACAUCGACAUUUUCUUCCGCCGGAUGGUCCAUUCGGAGCAGGUGACUAUCGUACCCGUUCUCGACGUGCUCGAGCCACUGUUGUGGAAGGGCAUCCUCUUGCGGAAGAUGAGGCUCUUCCUCAGCAACGUGACUCGGGUACUUGAGGACCAACACCUGGACUCAAAAGGGGCUGGCACUGAUUCCAGGUAUUCCAUCCCCAACGAAGGGCGCCACCAGUACUACGACCGGUGGAGAAGAGUCAAUGCCGACCAAGAAGACACCGCUGAGAACACUAGCAUAUUCUGUGUUGCUCGCCACGGGGUCAUCCAUCAUGGUGUUGAGUGGCUCCAAUGCUGUGCGGUCGUUGGUGAAAAAGGGUCGGGGAAGACGUACCUCGCCUGGAGGAUUUACAACCUACCGGAAAUCAAGAAGCAUUUCCCAUGCCGAGCCUGGGUACACGUCUCGGAUGAUCGUGCACUCAAAGAUAUAAGGUACGCGGUCCUGAAGCAGAUCUCAAAACAGGUGUUGAGGAACAGCGAGCACAUGGACGACGAGGAGGUGGAGCAAGCUCUCCAGAAGGAACUUUAUGACCAGAGUUACCUCAUAGUGUUGGAUGAUUACGACAACACUGAUUCCUGGCAUGCGUUCAUGUGGUCCCUUCCCUUCUCCAACAAAGGCCGUGUCCUGGUCACGACCCGAAGCUCGCCAAUGGCAGAUAAAGCUGACAGUAAGAUCAAACUAAAUAAUUUGGGGGAGGAGGACACUGUGAAGCUCUUUAAGGAGAAAGUGCGUAGCUCGGAAAUCAACUUGCAGGAUGAGGACAUCAGGGACAAUAUCUUCCCAGCGAGUGGGGGCUUGCCCCUCAAGAUCGUUCUGCUGGGCGGGCUAUUGAUGAACCUUAGUCGCGAGAAUAAGAAUUGGCAUGACGUGAUCAAGAGAGUACAAUUACUUGCGGCCGGAAGAAAAGCCAUGUUUUCUUUACUUGACACUCUUCCCUAA